UGUGUGUGUGUGUGUAACCAUAGUGAAGCCUGACUGUGAGCAGGACAGAAACUGGACUCUGCUCUGUUUCCUGAAAGCGGAUUAAACUCAGAAAGCUUCGGUUCACUGUUUAUUUCUCGACCUACGUGUGUGUGUGUGUGUGUGUGUGUGUGUGUUAGAGCUGUACAGUGAUCAUGCCGGUGAGGACGGUGAUGGACUCGGUGAAAAUAAAGGCGCAUUUCGGCGGAGACAUGUUGAUCUCAUACCUGGACUCAGGCAUGUCCUUCUUAGAGCUGUGUGAGGAGGUGAGAGAGAUGUGCUGCGUCCAGAGGAACUCCCCCAUCACACUGAAGUGGAUUGAUGAUGAAGGUGACCCCUGUACUAUCUCCUCCCAGAUGGAGCUGGACGAGGCGUUUCGGAUCUACAGCAGGAGCAGAGUGUCUGGACUCCUCCUGCACGUGUUUCCCAGUGUUCCAGAGAAGCCGGGCAUGCCAUGUCCUGGAGAGGACAAAUCGAUUUAUCGCCGUGGAGCUCGACGAUGGAGGAAACUGUACCGAGUGAACGGCCAUCUGUUCCAGGCCAAGCGCUUUAACAGGAAGGCCUACUGUGGACAUUGCAGUGAAAGGAUAUGGGGUCUGGGGAGUCAAGGCUACAAGUGUAUAAACUGCCACCUGCUGGUUCAUAAACGCUGUUAUAAACUCGUCCCUCUGACCUGUAAUAGGCAUAUGGAUCCUGUCAUGCCAUCCCAGGAGCCGCUGGUAGAUGAGAGAGGUGGAGAAGAGGAAGUGGAGCUUCCCCCAGAGGACACUGAGGACACUGAGGACACAGACAGAAUAGCAUUCCUGCCCCACAGUAGGACAGUGGAGAAAGCUGAAGAUGGCCCUGAGGGCGUGGUGGAUGGGAUGGAGAAGCUGCAGAUAUCAGAGACAUUAAAUCUGUCUGAUUUUGAUUUGAUGCGUGUAAUUGGACGAGGAAGUUACGCUAAAGUGCUGCUGGUGCGUCUGAAGAAAAACGAACAUGUUUAUGCCAUGAAGGUGGUGAAGAAGGAGUUGGUGCAUGAUGAUGAGGAUAUUGACUGGGUUCAGACAGAGAAACAUGUGUUUGAACAGGCCUCUACUAACCCUUUCCUCGUGGGUUUACACUCCUGCUUUCAAACUGAGAGCCGGUUGUUCUUGGUGAUCGAGUAUGUGAAUGGAGGAGACCUGAUGUUCCAUAUGCAACGACAACGGAAACUUCCGGAGGAACACGCCAGGUUUUAUGCUGCUGAAAUCUGUAUUGCUCUGAACUUUCUGCAUGAGAAGGGAAUUAUUUACAGAGACCUGAAACUGGACAACGUUCUUCUGGACCAGGAUGGUCACAUCAAACUCACUGACUACGGCAUGUGCAAGGAAGGGAUCAGACCCGGAGACACAACCAGCACUUUCUGUGGGACUCCCAACUACAUUGCACCUGAAAUCCUGCGAGGAGAAGAUUACGGCUUUAGUGUGGACUGGUGGGCUCUUGGGGUGCUGAUGUUUGAGAUGAUGGCUGGUAGAUCUCCAUUCGACAUUAUGACUGACAAUCCAGAUAUGAACACAGAAGAGUAUCUUUUCCAGGUGAUUUUGGAGAAGCCUAUCCGUAUCCCUCGCUCGUUGUCAGUGAAAGCAGCGAGUGUGUUAAAAGGUUUUCUAAACAAGGAUCCAAAGGAGCGACUGGGGUGCCAGGUUCAGACAGGAUUUACAGAUAUUAAAUCUCACACGUUCUUCAGGAGUAUAGACUGGGAGCAGUUGGAGCAGAAGCAGGUCACUCCUCCGUUUAAGCCUCAGAUCACUGAUGAUUAUGGAUUAGAGAACUUCGACACACAGUUUACCAACGAACCAGUACAGCUCACACCUGAUGAUGAGGACGUAAUAAAGAGAAUAGACCAGUCUGAGUUUGAGGGCUUUGAGUACAUCAACCCCCUGCUGCUCUCCACCGAGGAGACCGUAUGAGAGAGGAACCGCCGAGAGCUUCUGUCUGUCUGCUCGCUCGCUCGCUCGCGGCUCCACGAUACACACGGGGAUUAGUACUGACUGUGUGACUACAGUGAGAGAGAGAGAGAGAGAGAGAGAGAGAGAGAGAGAGAGAGAAUUCCACUACAAGCCUACAUCUUUUUAUCUCUCUCUCUGUCUCUCUCUCAUCCCUCUCUUUCUCUCUCUGUCUUUGUCCUUCUCAUCUAAAGUUCUCCUAGAGGCAAAAACACAGCAAACAGAACUGGAAAAGUUUUAAACUGAACAAAACUGAAUUCCCUCAAAAAUCAUCUGAAUCGUCUUCCUCCUUCCCAUCAUCCUCUGAUUCUGUCGUUUUUGGUGCCUGCACUCAUCACAGACUUUGUUACUCAGAAUCUCCUGCUUCAGCUCAUGGUUCUGUUUAAAAACUUGAUUUAAUGUGCACUUCUUCUUCUUCUUCUUCUUGUACAUGUUUUUAUCGGGGUUUCAGAUGGAGGCAUGUGCCGAUGUUCAGGUUUAUAUCCCUCCUUCACGGGGCAGAAGUGAGACGAGGUGUCUCUUACAUGUCUCUCAGAUUCCAAGAGUUCACUUCACCAGACGAGAGAAUGUGUGAGAAAUAAUCAAUAAAUGUAUCUUCAUGUAGUGGCUGAUGUGUAACAGGAAGUGAUGAUGUGGUGAGGACAGAGCUGUAACAUGCCCCCACCCCCCUUCCUCAAACACACACACACACACACACACACACACACACACACACACACACACAGUGUCAACUCCAGGCUUCCAUCAAGACAAGAGUUCAUUUAAUCUGCGACUGAUGAUUUAACAGAUCAGCAUUUCCCUCCAAUCUCAAACCAGCAGAACAUCAGAGAUACAACACACACACACACACACACACACACACACACACACACACACACACACACACACACACACACACACACACACACAACCACUUAAAACUCAAAUCAUUUACACACUUCAAAACUCAGGAAUUAGGUAGUCUCAGACUUGGGGGCGGAGUCAGUACAAACAAGAGGCGUGUCAUAGUUACAGUAAUCUGAAGCUGGGGCUGUGAUGCUCCUCCCCCUUCCCCUACUCUUCAUCAGGAUCAGUUUAAUGGAUUCAAAGUGAUGCUUCAGUGUGCUAAUCACAGCUAGUAUCAAAAUCACAGCUAGCAUCAAAACCACAUAUACACACACAUACACACAUACACACACACACACACAUAUACACACACACACACACACAACGGUGGUUAUGAAUAAAAGUCUAGGGUAAUUUCAAUCAAUCAGAUUACUGAGAAAGUGAUGAGCGUAAUGUGAUUAGUUAGAGUUCUCUGUGUGUGUGUGUGUGUGUGUGUGUGUGUGUGUGUGUGUGUAAGAAAGAAUUAGUGCUUUACUGCUGUAUAAAAGUGCAGUAUGAGAGAUAAUGAGACUAUGAUGAAGAUGAAGAAGAUGGUCUCUAAUGAAGCACAGAUUUCAGGAUGACAUUCUGAAACACAAACUUAUUAAUUAAUUAAAUAAACAAAUACAUUUGGA